UAUACCCCUCAAUCAUAAACAAUAAACAGAGGGAGUCGCCAAAUUUUCUCAUCAUUUUCUCGAGAAAAUAGACUAAAAGCGAUUCCCGAGAGAAAGAAAGAACAAAAAAAAAACAUCCGAGUGAAAAUGAGAGAAAUUCUUCAUAUUCAAGGAGGUCAGUGCGGAAACCAGAUCGGAGCUAAGUUCUGGGAAGUUAUUUGCGGCGAGCACGGUAUUGAUCAAACCGGUCAGUCAUGUGGCGAUACAGAUCUACAGCUUGAAAGGAUCAAUGUCUAUUUUAACGAAGCUAGCGGAGGCAAAUACGUUCCUCGUGCUGUUCUUAUGGAUCUGGAGCCUGGAACUAUGGAUUCUCUCAGAUCUGGGCCGUUUGGUCAGAUUUUCCGGCCUGAUAACUUCGUUUUUGGUCAGUCUGGUGCUGGGAAUAACUGGGCGAAAGGUCAUUACACGGAGGGAGCUGAGUUGAUUGAUUCUGUGCUUGAUGUUGUGAGGAAGGAAGCUGAGAACUGUGAUUGUCUUCAAGGUUUUCAAGUUUGUCAUUCUUUGGGAGGAGGAACUGGUUCUGGAAUGGGAACACUUCUUAUUUCUAAGAUUAGAGAGGAAUAUCCAGAUCGUAUGAUGAUGACCUUUUCGGUCUUCCCAUCUCCUAAGGUCUCUGAUACAGUUGUUGAGCCAUACAAUGCUACUCUUUCCGUUCACCAGCUCGUUGAGAAUGCUGAUGAAUGUAUGGUUUUGGAUAACGAAGCUCUUUACGAUAUCUGUUUCCGUACCUUGAAGCUUGCUAAUCCUACAUUUGGUGACCUUAACCAUCUCAUCUCAGCUACAAUGAGUGGUGUUACAUGCUGUCUUCGGUUCCCUGGUCAACUAAACUCUGACCUUAGAAAACUUGCUGUGAACCUUAUUCCUUUCCCACGACUCCACUUCUUCAUGGUUGGUUUUGCACCUUUGACAUCAAGAGGAUCUCAACAAUACAGUGCCUUGAGUGUCCCUGAGCUAACUCAACAGAUGUGGGAUGCCAAAAACAUGAUGUGUGCAGCUGAUCCUCGUCAUGGUCGUUACUUGACAGCUUCUGCUGUCUUCCGUGGAAAGAUGAGUACCAAAGAGGUUGAUGAACAGAUGAUGAACGUCCAGAACAAAAACUCCUCAUACUUUGUUGAAUGGAUUCCAAAUAACGUGAAAUCAAGCGUCUGCGAUAUAGCUCCCACUGGUUUGAAAAUGGCAUCAACUUUCAUUGGAAACUCAACUUCAAUCCAGGAAAUGUUCAGGCGUGUGAGUGAACAGUUCACUGCCAUGUUCAGGAGAAAGGCUUUCCUUCAUUGGUACACAGGAGAAGGAAUGGACGAGAUGGAGUUCACUGAAGCAGAGAGUAACAUGAAUGAUCUUGUUGCAGAGUAUCAGCAAUAUCAAGAUGCUACAGUCGGUGAAGAGGAGUACGAGGAGGACGAAGAAGAAGAAGAAGCCUAAAGAAAAGAUGAUUGAUUAUUACUUUUGUAAGGCUGUAAGUUCGUCGCACUCAUUUCCUUUUACCUCUUUUUCUGAAUUGGGAUUCUCUCUUUUUGUGCUUUGUGUGUUUUGUUAUUGAAUUUCUUUCCCAAACCUAAGAUUUGUUCCAGAGUGUAAUCACAUUUGCCUAUGCUUCUUUGUUUUGUCUAUGAAAAUAUUUCAAUGUCAAAAGCCUAUACAAUUUCUAUGAUCCAAAAAACUUGAUAACCGGUACAAAUAGAUCCUACAUCUCUGCGGUUUUAAGCUCUCCCUGCAAUCUUUCUUCUUCUUCUUCUUCUGCUUCUUCCUCUUCUGCGAUAUCUGCCCAGCUUUUCUUUGAUUCACUCUUCGGACCAUCUGCUGUAUCUUUGACGAAUUCAUGGAGAUAUUGAAUCAUGUUCUGGUCCAGUUUCUUUCGCUUCAUGGGUUCUUCUUCUCCUCUCUCUAAGAUCUUCAUCUGUUCAGAGCCAAAAGGUUGUGGUUUUCCAAAUAGUAGCUUUCGAGCAGCACCUCUCGUCUCUUCUUCAAACAAUCUGCAUCUGCGUGGUUGUGUAUAUAGACCUGCAGAGUUCGGUCUCACAGAUGCUGGAGACGAAGAAACAUCUGAGUAGUUCUUGUUUGCGGUUCCAGGAGCUAUAUUUUCCUUCAUCCUAUUCACAAAUGAACAUCCCGCGUAGAACUUCUCCGAAAGAUCAGCUUCU